AUCUGAAUAAAGAAGGCGGUCAAUUUUUAAAUCAAGCUUUAGUAAAAGAGCUCCUAACGUCACUGGCUGUAUUGCAGGUGUAAUACUUUAGAAUCUCUUAUAUAUUUCUUUGCAGCCACUCUAUCUGGAAGGUGCUAUUGUCAAUUCAAACUCACUGUGGUUACUUCUUUCUUAUUGUAUUUCUCUUCAUUAUUGAUCGGUUUAAUUGAUAUAUUAGGUGAAGAUAUGUCUGUAAUUCUGUGUACCGGUAAGUAAUACUCAAUACUCAACACUCACUCUUUCCUUCAUCAGACUGUUAUUACCAUCUUCAGAUGAAUUGUUGCUUUUUCAUAGCAAUUGGAGUGAACUGGUUUCUUUUGCCUCUAAACCUUCCACCUAUCUUUUUGCUUCAUCUUUUCCUCUGACCAAGUUAUCAUCCAUCUCGAAAUGGCGUAUCUACCCGCUUUUGAAAAUGGCCAAACUGACAUUCUUUGCAUUCUUGUUACAGCUGGCUAUGACCAUACUAUCAGGUAAAUAUUACUCUUAUGCGCGACUUGCAAUACGGCAGUUUACUGAAAUUCUACAAUCAUUAGAUUCUGGGAAGCCCUCUCUGGUAUCUGUUCUCGAACAAUUCAACAUCCUGAUUCUCAAGUCAAUCGAUUAUGCAUCUCCCCCGAUAAGCGCUUCCUAGCUGCAGCUGGCCACCAUACAGUUAAACUCUACGAUAUUAAGUCAACAAAUCCGAACCCACUUCUCACAUUCGAAGGACAUACAGGAAAUAUUACAGGUGUCGCUUUUCAUUGCGAAGGGAAAUGGAUGGUGACAAGUUCUGAAGAUGGAACCGUUAAAAUUUGGGAGACACGAAGUGGCACUGUUCAAAGAAGUUAUAGUCAUGGCUGUCCUGUGAACGAUGUAGUCAUCCAUCCAAACCAAGGUGAAAUCAUCAGCUGUGAUCGUGGAGGCAGUGUUCGCAUUUGGGAUCUUGCAGAAAAUAAUUGCUCUCACCAACUUAUUCCAGAGGAGGACGUACCUGUUUCCAGCGUCACCGUCGCAACUGAUGGAUCAACCUUGUGUGCUGGUACUAAUUCUGUAAGUGAGCUCUCAAGCACUUUUAGAAUUAUGCUAACAUAUGUGCAGGGCAGCGUUUAUGUUUGGCAGCUUCUUCAGUUCCGUGAGAAGACACAACUUAUGCCAAUUACUCACUUCAAGGCUCAUAACCAAUACAUCACUCGUGUUCUACUAUCUCCAGAUGUCAAGAAGCUCGCAACAUGUAGUGCCGAUCAUACCGCCAAGAUCUGGGAAGUAGACUUUACAGCUCUAGCUCCAAACCCAAACCAGCCACAAACGGAAGCAAGAGCAUUCAAUCUUGAGUCAACAUUAACCGGUCAUCAACGAUGGGUUUGGGAUUGCGCUUUUAGUGCUGAUUCUGCUUACCUUGUUACUGCAUGCUCGGAUCAUUAUGCUCGACUUUGGGAGUUACAUAGUCAAUCGGUUAUCAGACAAUACAAUGGUCAUCAUCGCGGUACAUUGAUCCAAACAUUCCCAUCUAUUGCUUCAUCUGAUCAGUCAAAUCUAGGACUCGUUUGCGUUGCUUUGAAUGAUUAUUCUGAAGCUCGUUAAUUUUGCAUUUGCUUGCAUCGAUUUAGGCGUUCCAAUUUCAACCGGUUGCGGGAGUUCUAGGAUUUAUAAUCAUUGCAUUUUCGUGGGGUUAUACUGGGUCGUGGAUACUAACGUUUAGUUCAUCUAUUGCUGGUGAUUUAUAUGCAUGGCUUUGGCGUCUUCAUGUAUGUAUGAACUUUUAGUUCACAUGGCGUUGAUUCAUACCCUUGGAUGGCUUACUAAUAUUGAUAAGUCAAAUCCAAAAGGAAAAGCAUUACAUCUUAUGAAUAUUUAUAAAAUAAAUGUAGAAAAUUAAAAAGGAAAAAGUGAUGUGGGGUUGAUCUUAUUGUUAAUAUAGAAACGGUAUAAUAAAAAAUCUAUAUUAUCAUUCAUAUAGUAUUACCAACUUCCUUGUC